CCCAAUCCCAAUCAUCAAACAAUUCCAAAUGGUCUAAUUUCGUAGAACCUUCUUCUUCUUCACUCUUCUCUUUUUCAUCCAUGGAUCACUUUCUCACUCUUCUUCUUUUUCUAACAUCUCUCUUCGCUUCCCCCGUCCUUCUCAUUGCUCAGACCCCAUCUCCAAUUAUCUCUCAUAUCACUGUAGUAGGCGCUGUUUAUUGUGAUACCUGCUCCAUCAGCACUUUUUCUAAACAGAGCUACUUCUUGCAAGGUGUUGAAGUUCACAUACAGUGCAGAUUUAGAGCGACCUCACCAAAAACUAACGAGCAGAUAAGCUUCUCGGUGAACAGAACCACAGACCAAAAUGGAGUUUACAAGUUGGAGAUACCAUCAGUGGAUGGAGUUAACUGCAUGGAUGGUUCAGCAAUUGUGUCUCUCUGCCAAGCAUCUUUGAUUAGUAGCUCCACUUCCACUUGCAAUGUUCCCAUGCUCAAGAGCACAACACGCGAGAUAUCAGUGAAAUCAAAACAAGACAACAUGUGUGUGUACACCUUGAGUGGUCUCAGUUUCAAGCCACCUCAAAAGAACAGUACCUUGUGUGGACAUCAGAAUGAGAAACUGUCAUCGGAAAAAUCUCUGUACCCCUCUGAGUUCUUCUUCUUCCCUUGGCCGCCGCAGCUACCACCUUUUCCAUCAUUUCCUUUUCCUCCAUUGCCAUUUCCAACCUCACCACCAAUCCCAUCUCUGCCUUUCCCUUUCCCACAAUAUCCUCCAACCCCUCCUGCAUUUUCUCCACCUGCAUUCAAUUUAGGGGAUCCUUCCACUUGGAUCCCUCACAUUCCUCCUUCACCUCCUCCUUAUGUACCAUAACAUGGUUCAGAAUCUAAGUGAGUCCAAGAACUACAUAAUGAGAAAGUAAAACAUUAUAUAUUAAAGGUUUUGGAUAGAAAAUGAUAUCAAUUCUUUACGUGGUUUGGUUCAGAUUUUAUUUAUUGAUAUUUGUAUAUCCAAGUGAACCUCUAUGGAUCCCAAAUGCUAAACUCCUUAGAACUUUCUACCAUUUUAUUUUCUUUAUUUAUUCCUGUCUUGAUUACAUUUGUAUGGAAACAUGUGAUUCAGCGGUCAACAAGAACAUGAUAUACAAACUACAGUGGAAUUCGGUAAUUAAACUUUAUUGGGUGGUAAUGCAACCAUCGUCUGUGUUAUCUUGUCCGGCUCACGUGUAUGCUGUGCUGUUCACUCAAAAGUGAAGCAGGUCACGGCGAGAAUAAUAUGUGGACUAAUGAUCACAGAAAAAGGGAUCAUAGGAUUUUACUUCAA